AUGCAGUGUUACGUAUGUUCCAAGUCUUGCGAUUACGACCACUUCAACGAGCCAAAGUACGGGGGCAAAGUGGGCAAUUGUCCUUUAUUCGAUAAUAGUGAGAAGCGACACUAUGAAGAAGUUAAGAAAGCGGAGAAGAAGGCCAAACAGAAGGUACUGCAAGACAACCCGGGCCUUGAGCCCGAAAUUCUAGACUUCGCUAUCUCUUCAGAGAUUACAAGAGACGACUCUCUUCAAAGAAUGAAACAUGCCACUGCCAAUAUCGCUGGGCGGCAUGUCGGCCUGCAUGCUGAAAUAAUUCGAGUACAACAAAUGCGUCAGGCACAGCAGGCAGAGGCACAAGCACAACAAAUGCAUCAGGCACAGCAGGCACAGGCACAGGCACAGGCACAGGCACAGGCACAGGCACAGGCACAGGCACAGGCACAGGCACAGGCACAGGCACAGGCACAGGCACAAGCACAACAAAUACAUCAGGCACAGCAAAUACAGCAGCAGGCACAGCAGCAGGCACAGCAGCAGGCACAGCAGCAGGCACAGCAGCAGGCACAGAAGCAAGCACGGCAGCAGGCACAGAAGCAAGCACGGCAGCAAACAGUGGGUGAUAUGAGGAACCAGAACCGUCGCCCGAGUCCCCUUCCUGUGCCUUUCCAAGGGUCUGCACCGCAGCUGGCUCUGCUUCCUGGUCCAGCUAGUGCUAGAUCGCAGCAGGGCUUCUUUCCUCAAAAUCAAAGAUUCAGUUUCAUACAACAGGCAGCUAACCCACCAAACAAAGAUAACAGCCCCCCCCCCAAAAAAAAAAAAAAAAAGUAG